CCUGGACGUCCCACCAGGCAGUGGGAAGAGGCAGAACAAUGAGGAUUUUCCCCAUUCUGGGUUGGAUGCUUUUCCCAGGCUGCUGGGCAGUGACGGGCCCCGGGGCAGUGUGCGGCCCCGCGAGCGGGUCGGUGUCUGUGCAGUGCCGGUACGACUCGGGCUAUGAGGAUUAUCAGAAGUUCUGGUGUUGCGACGGAGGAAGUUGGUUCUAUUUCAACAGUUACAUCGUCGAGACCGACGGGUCGGAGGCGGAGGUGACGCGGGGCAGAGUCUCCAUCCGAGACGAUCACACCCAGCGCGCGUUCACCGUGACCAUGGAGAACCUGACACCGGCAGACGCUGGCACGUACCACUGCGGGGUAGUGAGAACUGGGCCUGAUCUCAGUGCCACUGUGGAACUUACAGUCUCCCCAGCUACUUCUUCCCCAACCCCAAGGGAAAGGUCAUCAUCAGUGACAGUGCAACCAGCUUCUACUUCCCCCUCAGUAUCUACUUCCCCCUGGACAACUGCUGAGGAAGGGAAAUCCAACUUCUCCACUAACCAAGACCCCGCUGCCUCUGAACCCCAGCUCAGCAACGUCCAUUUCUUGCUCCUGUUCAUCUGGAAAGUCCCCAUCCUUUUGUGCAUCAUCUGGGUGAACAUACGGUACAAGAAGAACUCCAGGGAGAUGCCAGACAGACAUGGACCUUCCUAGUUUAGGAAUGGAUCGGAACCAGCAGAAGGAAGAUUGAGCUCCCAGCUCUGUGCACAGCAGCUUCUCCCACCUAGAGCCCACGUGGAUCUGUGUAAAUGAAAUCCUGUAACACUCAGCCCUGCUGAAGGGUUCAGUGGAUCCAGCGCUUACUCCAGAGUGAGGACAAAGGAGGGGGAUGAGCCCCCAGGGGCACAGUUCCCCGUCACAAACAUAGAGGAAACAUAAGGUGUCAGAGCCUGAGUAGCUGGAAGGAGAGACUCAUCCCCUUCCCGCAGUUUGAGUUUGGCUCUUUGCAGCUGGAUUGGACUUUCUGCAGCUCCUUUUCCAUCAUUCAUCU